CUGACGUCCUCUGACAUAGUCAGCCUGCAAUAAAGACACGUGAGGAGGCAAGAGAGAAGGAGGAGGAAGCAUUGCACAGGCGCGCGUGUGAUCACCACCUCUGUCAGAAAUAGACCGGAACACUGAGAGGGGUCGCGAGAGAAACGGACCCAGACAUGGACGAGAAGAACGAAUUACAAAUGUUGGCUACAGCCAAACUGCCACAAAAUGGAGACCUAAGUGAAAGCAAGAAUGAAUGAAAAUGAAAAAGAAAAAGAAAAGGAGCCAAAGUUGCCCAUGGUCGGACCCAUUGGUGUGUUUAGGUUUGCAAACAGCUUGGAUGUUGUGUUGAUCGUGACUGGGACCCUCUGUGCCAUGAUUCACGGUGUCGUACUUCCUCUUAUGUGUAUUGUGUUUGGGGACAUGGCAGACAGCUUUGUAGAUGACACCCAGACGAGCCAAAUCAACACCACAAACCCGAAUGUCACCUACAAUCGAAUAAACAACACCUUACAGCAAGACAUGAGGGGUUUUGCCAUCUCUUACUCCAUCCUGGGCUUCGUCGUGCUGCUGGUAGCCUACGUGCAGGUGACCUUCUGGUCGCUGUCAGCCGCGAGGCAGUCCACACGCAUCCGCAAGUUGUUUUUCCACCGCAUCAUGCAACAGGACAUUGGCUGGUUCGAUGUCACUGAAACAGGAGAGCUCAACACGCGUCUCACAGAUGAUAUCUAUAAGAUUGAAGAAGGUAUUGGCGACAAGGCUAGCAGGAUUAUCCAGGCCUUAACAACCUUCCUCACAUCCUUCAUCAUCGGCUUCGUCAAAGGCUGGAAACUCACUCUCGUCAUCCUGGCUGUGAGCCCUGCGCUGGCCAUUUCAGCUGGAGUUUUCUCCAAAGUGCUGGCGUCUUUCACUUCGAAAGAGCAGACCGCAUAUGCGAAAGCUGGAGCUGUGGCAGAAGAAGUUCUCUCUGCUAUCAGGACAGUGUUUGCCUUCAAUGGUCAGGACAGAGAAAUCAACAGAUACAAUAAGAACUUGGAGAAAGCAAAGAACAUGGGAAUAAAGAAAGCAACAUCUGCUAACUUUGCCAUGGGCUUCACCUUCCUGAUGAUCUACCUGUCUUAUGCUCUGGCCUUCUGGUACGGAAGCACGCUCAUCCUGAGUAAAGAGUACACCAUUGGAACUGUACUCACCGUGUUCUUCGUCGUGCUUAUUGGAGCGUUCUCUGUGGGACAGACCUCUCCUAAUUUCCAGACCUUUGCGAGCGCCCGGGGAGCUGCAUAUAAAGUGUACGCCAUCAUUGAUCAUAACCCGGACAUUGACAGUUUUUCAGAAGCCGGCUUCAAGCCUGAUUCCAUCACAGGAAACAUAGAGUUCAAGAAAAUCCACUUCAGCUACCCCUCGAGGCCAGACGUCCAAGUAUUAAAUGACUUGUCUCUGAGCGUGAAGAGUGGACAGUCCAUUGCCUUGGUGGGGAGCAGCGGCUGUGGGAAAAGCACCACGAUCCAGCUGCUGCAGAGGUUCUACGAUCCUAAGGAAGGAUCUGUGACUCUUGACGGGCACGACAUCCGUUCUCUUAACGUCCGCUACCUGAGAGAGAUGAUCGGAGUGGUGAGUCAGGAGCCCAUCCUCUUUGCCACCACCAUCACUGAGAACAUCAGAUACGGCCGACUGGACGUGACAUCUUUGGAGAUCGAACAAGCAGCCAAGGAGGCUAACGCUUACGACUUCAUUAUGACCCUUCCUGAAGGGUUUGAGACAAUGGUCGGAGACCGAGGGACUCAAAUGAGUGGAGGACAGAAGCAGAGGAUUGCGAUUGCUCGAGCUUUAGUCCGCAACCCCAAAAUCCUUCUGUUGGACGAAGCCACAUCUGCUCUUGAUGCUGAGAGUGAGACCAUUGUGCAAUCUGCACUCGACAAGGUCCGACUCGGUCGUACCACCAUCAUUGUUGCCCACCGCCUGUCAACCAUCAGAAACGCUGACGUCAUUGCUGGCUUCCAUGAAGGGAAAAUUGUAGAGCUGGGGACUCACAGCAAACUGAUGGAAGAAAAGGGAGUCUACCACACACUGGUCACCAUGCAGACCUUUCAGAAAGUGGAGAAGCAGGAUGAGGUGAAGUGUGAGCUGUCUGAUGAUGAGAAGAACCCGUUAGUCAAGUCCCUCUCUCAGUCCUCUCUGCACAAGAGGAAGUCCUCAAUAAGUUCCUCCUUCGCUGCCUCAGAGGUAGACAAAAUGGAGAAAGAAAAGUUAAACGAUGAAGAGAUGGAAGAGGAUGAAAAUAUUCCCCCCGUGUCGUUCAUUAAAUUGAUUGGUCUCAACAUUACCGAGUGGCCAUACAUUUUUGUGGGGACCAUCUGUGCCAUCAUCAACGGCGCGAUGCAGCCACUGUUUGCUGUCAUCUUCUCCAAGAUCAUCACUUUGUUUGCACAUCAUGAUCCAGAAGUUAUCAGGCAAAGAGCUUCAUUCUUUUCACUGAUGUUUGUUGUGAUUGGAGCCGUGUCCUUCGUUGCCAUGUUUCUACAGGGCUUCUGUUUUGGUAAAUCUGGAGAGAUUCUGACCCUCAGACUGAGACUCGGGGCCUUCAAGGCCAUGAUGAGACAGGACCUCGGUUGGUUUGACAACCCCAAAAACAGUGUUGGAGCGCUCACUACGAGGCUGGCCUCAGACGCAGCCCAAGUACAAGGGGCUACAGGAGUACGUAUGGCCACGCUGGCCCAGAACAUAGCCAACCUGGGCACCAGUGUGAUCAUCUCCUUCGUGUACGGCUGGGAACUGACCCUGCUCAUCAUGGCGGUGGUGCCCUUCAUGGCAGUGGCUGGAGCUGUGGAGAUGAAGGCGCUCACCGGACACGCUGCUGAAGACAAGAAGGAGCUGGAAGAAUCUGGAAAGAUUGCUACAGAGGCCAUUGAGAAUAUCCGAACCGUUGUCUCUCUUAACAGAGAACCCACGUUUGAGUCUUUGUAUCAGGAAAACCUCUUAAGACCAUUCAAGAACGCCAAGAAAAACGCCCAUGUGCAUGGUCUUACCUUCUGCCUUAGCCAGGCCAUGAUCUACUUUGCUUAUGCGGGCUGUUUCCGCUUUGGAGCUUGGCUCGUUGCGAAAGGAAGGAUGGAUAUUGAGGGAGUAUUUCUUGUGGUUUCUGCUAUUCUGUACGGUGCCAUGGCUCUCGGAGAGGCCAACUCCUUCGCUCCAAACUACGCUAAGGCUAAAGUCUCAGCUGCCCACCUUAUGAUGCUGUUGAGCAUAGAGCCCGCCAUUGACAAUCUUUCACAGGAGGGAGAGUCGCCGGACACAUUUGAUGGUAACGUGCACUUUGACGGUGUUACGUUUAACUACCCAACACGCCCUAAUGUGCCAAUCCUCCGAGGGCUGAAUCUGAAAGUUAAAAAGGGAGAGACUCUCGCCUUGGUGGGGAGCAGCGGCUGUGGAAAGAGCACCACAAUCCAGCUACUGGAGAGGUUCUACGACCCCAAGGAGGGAACAGUGCUGCUCGACAACAUGAACGCAAAACAGCUGAACAUCCAUUGGUUGAGAUCUCAGAUAGGCAUCGUAUCCCAGGAGCCUUUGCUUUUCGACUGCACCUUGGCUGAAAACAUCGCCUAUGGAGACAACAGCCGCAUUGUGACCCAGGCGGAGAUAGAGGAAGCUGCCAAAGCGGCCAACAUUCACAGCUUCAUAGAAGGCCUGCCACAGAAGUACAACACUCAGGCAGGUGAUAAGGGAACGCAGCUGUCAGGUGGCCAGAAGCAGCGUGUGGCCAUAGCCCGAGCCAUUCUCCGCAACCCCAAAGUGUUGCUCCUGGACGAGGCCACCUCCGCACUUGACACUGAGAGUGAGAAGGUGGUGCAGGACGCGUUGGACGAGGCCAGUAAGGGCAGGACGUGCAUCAUCGUCGCCCACCGUCUGUCCACCAUCCAAAACGCAAACCGCAUCGCUGUCUUCAAGGGAGGAGUGGUGGUCGAAGAGGGGACACAUCAACAGCUGCUGGCCCAAAAGGGAGUCUACCACAUGCUGGUCACCACACAGAUGGGCCACGGGAGGGAAUAAGAGGACACAGGGAGCAAAACUACGCUGGUUGUAUUGUAGCUAUAUGACAUAUUUAUGUUUCCCUGCCCAGCUUCAGAGGAACAAUUCUGAUUGUGUCCCGGCUCGUUUGGAGAUUUGACUCUGUGACCUUUUUAGCCUUGUGAGAAUCUGUCUUGCAGUUUGGUCAUGAUCAUCAGACGAGUCAUCUUUCAGUCAAAAAGCCAAGUCGUAACUUCUGUACUACUGUUUAUUAGUUUAAUGGGCCUUUUUCACAGAAGAUAUUUCGACAUGUGACAGUAGGAGAAGCACAGAUGUGAAUAAUAUCACAGAUCCUUGUAUUGUGCAUGUUGAAAAAGGUCUGUUGCGUUGUACUCUCUUAUGCUUUCUCUCGACUUGCUUCUUCUAAGUGCGUGCCUUGUACACUGGGGCUCAUUUAUCCUUUCUUCUCUAAAAGGUGGAGCUACUUGUUGCCAAUAAGCCUUAGCUGCGGAUUUCUGGUGCUAUCUUCCAUUAACUGCCAGAUACUUAUGACAAAUGUACAGAGAUUAAAGCUAAAAAUACACUGGAUUUAUUUUUGUUUCAUAGUGCAUCAAGUAUACGUCAUCAUUACAAAUAAGUUAUGUUCUACAGCAGCGGUCCCCAACCUUUUUUAUGCCACGGACCGGUUUCAUGUAAGACAAUAUGUUCGCGGACCGAGGGGGGUUCUUUAAAACAACUCCAAGGGCUUGUCUUUUAAUGCCGGGUGCCGGCUGUUA